AUGAAAUGCUACGUGGGGCGCUCCGAGAAGAAUUACAACCGGUGCCUCUUAGCGCACGUCGGGUCCAUCGCGUUCUUCUCGCAGCCGCUCGCCACCUCGGUCCUCGAAGGCAUCAAAUCGGCCGACGACUACGAUAACGUCGUUUUGCAGUUUAACGCUGCCGUGAUGUCGUCGUCGCUCACAGCGUCGGCGCCGCUAUCUGGAGGGAGCGCGGCCGCAGCUCCGUCGGCGCCAGCAUCAGCCGGGGCACCCCACGAAGGCCUCGUCUUUGCCUUUGAUGCGCGGAGCUACGACGAGAAGCACAAGCUGCUUUUGGACGCGAGCAGCAACGACUCGGUGUGGCAGAUGGGCGGUCCAAUGAUCUUUUUGCGGCUCUCUGUGUCGCCGCUGGCUGAAGCUGGACCGCUGGACUUCAAUGCGUGCCAAACCAUGACGCACCCGCUCGGGCCGCUCUCGAUCCCCAAGAUGAUCUCACUUCUCGCCGAGACCCUUCGUCAUUCGACGACCAACAAGUUUGUGUGUCGCCGUAGCCACACGAUUCCUCUGCUUGCGCUAUUGUUGCGAUCGCUUCCGACGACGUACUUGACGCCCGAUUUACUGGGCACGGUCGAGCGGCUCUUGAGCGCGGUGGCGUCGGACCGGUACCUCUGCGAUGACAUCCAGAAGAACCUGCUGUCAACUUUCAACUACACGAUCUUUGAGAAGCUGCACAUGUCGAUCAAGAAAACAUUGAUCAAACCUCACGACGAAAUUGCCGGCGGACGCUCCCAUCUUCGGAACCGCGUUCUUGAGACCAUUCACAUGCUCUUGUACGACCCCGAGGCGUGGAAGCAAGGCCAGAAAAAGUCGCUCGUCAGUGGCCUCGGCCUCAUCGGCGCGGCGCCACCCUCGUCCAUGAUGCUUUCGUUCGAUGCGGCACGCACACUUAUCUGUAGCAUGUUCGGAAUGCCGACCAACCCGGACGGCAUCGUCGACGAUGCGAUCAAGGUCGCUGUGAGGGAAGUCGAGAUUGACGCAGGCUCGAUCGCAGAGUACGUGUCGGACUCGGACAUUCCGACUUGCUGCAAAUCCGUCUUUGGGCGGCUCGGGGGUCUUCGCAUCUGGCUGCCGCUCAUUGCGACGGACAACGCACCGUGCAACCUGAACGCGACGCCGACGCUCAAGCCGUCGCUGUCGACGAUCGAUGUGCGCAUGAUCCUCGGGGCGCUCAACGUGCAAGAGUACCCGUAG